AUGCUGAAAUGUCUUCUACCGAUUGCAAAUGUACCGAUGUUUUGGUACCCAUUGAACACACUCGUAAAUUCUGGAGUGAAAGACAUCAAACUGUUCGUUCGCGAAGACGGGGAGUCAGAGGUGUCUCGUCUGUUGGCGACUUCUCCGUUCUCAUAUCCUUCAGCUACUAUUGAGGUGAUUUCGGUCUCUCGAGAGAACGAAGAGUGGGGAACGGCUGACUUACUACGACACUAUGCGUCAAGGAUAACGCAUGAUUUCAUUGUGAUGUCCUGUGAUUUCAUUUCGGACUGUCGACUGCAGCCUAUGGUGGAUCAGUUUCGGGCUCACAGUGCCACACUGUUAUGUUUAUUAAGUGAUAUGUGUAUCACAGGACCCGUUCCUGGACCAAAAGUAAGAAGAAGCAAAGCGCGUUUCCUUCGGCGAGUUAUGUAUAUCCUUGCGAUAUCAGGUCGAGACUUUAUCGCGCUUGAGGAGUCAACGAGCAGAAUCGUUUACAUGACUAACGAAGAGGACUUCGAUCAGCCAGUGAACGCUGACUCGUGGUUGAAUAAGUUUUCAAGCGUUACAUUGACAGCUAACUAUGUCGACUGCCACGUAUACUUCAUGAGCCACGCUUGUCUCGGUACACUUAUAGAACAAAAAAACUUCUCAUCAUUAAAAGCAGAUCUCAUCCCGCAUCUAUUAUCCAAGCAAUGUUCUUUGUCUUCUGGAGAUGAUGAAAUGCCUAAAUGUAUGGCGUAUUUACUGUCGCGUGGCAACGCAACCAUUGCAGCACGUGUGAAUAAUCUGGGAGCCUACUUAGAGACCAAUAAAUCGGUACAUGGUUUCAUUCUCAAAGAAAGCAUGGGAAAUGUUAAAGGUGUUCUGAAAAGUUUGCCACGAUUUUCUUCUUUACUUUAUACUGGACGAGUUUUCGAUGGGCGUUCGACUGGUAUCCACGCCAACGAAAGCUUAGUGGCUGAAGAUUCGGAGGUGGGAGAACGAGUUCUAAUCAAGAAAAGUGUUAUCGCUUCACGAUGUUCAGUGGGAGAGAAAGCGAACAUACAAGGUAGUCUCCUGAUGGAGGGAUCAACGAUCGGGAGAGGGUAA